UCACGAAGUAGAAUUUGAAUAGAGCGACUGGUGAGUAAGAUUUUGAUGAACUUUUGGAGGAGCACUAGCGGGCAUUACUGUAAAAAUAUUUUGCUGGUCAUAGUCAAAUCUUUGAAUUCUAAAUAGCUGGAGAGUCUAUAUGAGUUUUGCCAUAAAUUUUAUAAUUUAAAAAUAAAUUUAAGAAAAAUUUGUGGAAAGAGUGGGAUUAAAGAUAAAACUUUCAGGCACGCCAUCAACAUUUUCGCCCAGAUAAAUGCAAACCUUGUAAAACAGAAAAGGUUUCAUUUCCAUUUUCCAUUGUAUAUACUAUAUAUAUUUCUCUGCUGUAAUGAAGUUCUUCCUCAAUCGUCUACGUCAUCGUCGUCGUCAUCUUCAUCAAAACCCUAACCCUAAUCACACAGCUUCUUCGGCUAUGCUUUCCGACUUAGCUCCCGCCGCCGGUGCCUCCUCCUCCUCCGCCGUGAUAAAUUCCGACGAGGAGGAAGAAAUGGAAUACGAGUCGCUGGAGGAUGAGGAUGAGGAAGAUAAGGUGUCGGAGGAGGAAGAGCAGGAAGGUAAUCGGGAACAGGUAGCCGAAGAUGAGGAAGAGCGUAGGGAGUUAGAUGAGGCAUCUUCGAAGAGCCUAGUGGUUGUUGAGACGGAGAAUGCGUUUUUGAGAACGGAGAAGCCUCCUACUGACGAUAUUUGUCCUAUUUGCUUUGGAAAUUUUGUUGUUCCUUGUCGAGGUCCCUGCGGUCACUGGUACUGCGGAGGUUGCAUUUUGCAGUACUGGAACUAUGGUGCCGCACUUCAGCCUUGUAGCUGCCCCAUGUGUUCGAAGAAGCUUACUGAUUUGAAACCUGAGGCAUCAUUGUAUAGUCAGCAGGAUGCUGAAGUAAUUGAGGUCUUGAAAAAAGUUCGAAAGUAUAAUCGCCUUUUUGUAGGUGGCACUUAUGGCCUUAUGCUGAAGGUGCUUGGACUGCCCUUUUACAUGAAGAGAGUGUUUAAUGAAAUGAUGAAUCCUGACAGGCCUGGUGCUCAUUUGAACAAAUUGCGAAUUUUUGCUAUGUUCCUGGGACUCCUUUACACACUCAGCCCCUUUGAUUUUCUCAGAAUAGGCCGUCAAAAUGUGAUUGAUGUGUUUGAUUACUCUGCCAUUGCACUAUCCUCUGUGUUAUAUUUUGUUGGGCUGUAUCUUCGACGAAGGCGUUUCCGCCAUGUUAGGGAAAUGGCUGAGGCUGAUUUUGCUGCUCAUUGACAGUUGGCUGCUGGUGAAGCAGAUAAUUGUUGUCAACUCAUUGUGGAGCUUGAAGAUAUUGGAUUUCUAAAAAAAUUUCCUCAGGCUUUUGUGGUUGUGUGCUUUGGCAAAAAAGAGAUGGUCCUGCGUGUUAUCCACCUUUCUUACCUUUACCUACCAGUCUGUACAGAUAGAAUGUAUAGUGUAUAUACUCAUUUAGUGUUGUGUCUCUUCUCCAUUCCGUCGCAUAUUCUUGGAUCUUUGCGUGAAAGCCUGAGUGGUCUAUACUCAAAUCUAUCGGAGUGGUGUUGUAAUAAUGAGUUUGCGACCUUACUCGAACAAAACCUGUUCUACAGGCUCCCGCCGUUGCAUCCAUGGAUUCAAAGGAUUUUGUAUUUUCUA